AUGAUUGCCAUGGCCGCCAGCAUUAGCGCUGCUGCCACCGCGGCGGACGAAGCAGAGAUCGUUGAAGGGACCUUGCGCAUCUAUGGAAACGACUCAUACACGAUACCCUACCGAAAAGCACUUUCCAACGAUGCACCACGAGCUCGAUACCCCGGAUUCGACAACACCACAUAUCUACUCAAGAACGGAACCAUUCGUCGUGAUGGAGCCAGGGCCUUGGAAUGCGAUAUCAUCUUGGAACGAGACGUGGCCAUGACACUCAGAGAUGGUGUUACCAUGUACGCAGACGUUUUCCGUCCUGCAAACAACGCGAGCGUACCCACCAUUCUUGCCUGGAGUCCGUACGGGAAGGAGAUCGGAGGCCAGUGGUUGGACGACGUUGCGUCGCGAAGCGGCGUGGACCUCAGGGCCGUCUCGGAGCUGCAAAAGUUUGAAGGCCCAGAUCCUGCGUACUGGGUCGCCCAGGGAUACGCUGUUGUUAACCCCGAUAGUCGAGGUGCAUACUCUUCCGACGGCAAUAUCACCUUCUGGGGCCGCCAGCUGGCCGAAGAUGGUUACGACUUUAUCGAGUGGAUCGCCGAACAGCCAUGGAGUACUGGCAAGGUGGCCAUGUCUGGCAACUCCUGGCUUGCCGUGUCCCAGUGGUUCAUCGCCGCCGAACAGCCGCCGCAUCUGACGGCUAUCGCGCCCUGGGAGGGUCUGACGGAUCUGUUCCGAGACUCUAGCAAUAGGGGUGGCAUCCCGCAACCUGGGUUCCAGGAAGGCAUUAUUACCACCUUUGCUGGCAACAACUUCGUCGAGGACUCUCCUCGCAUGAUCAUCAACAGGCAGUUCAUGGAUGAAUACUGGGAGGACAAGGUUGCUCGCCUGGACCAGAUCACCGCACCAGCCUACAUCGUUGCAAGCUACACCAAUACGCUUCAUACGCAUGGAUCAUUCCAAGGUUUCCGCAAUAUCUCUUCCAGUCAGAAGUGGUUAAGGGUCCACAACUCUUCCGAGUGGCCCGAUUAUUAUGCGACUGAACAUGUCCAGGACCUGACCAGGUUUUUCGACUAUUUCCUAAAGGGCAUCGACAACGGUUGGGAAGAGACCGCACCUGUCCGCCUCGCAGUCCUUGACCCUGCCGAGCAUGACAUUCUCAACAGAGCGACGACGACCUGGCCUCCUCCAGGUCAGGUGCCGAACAAAUUCUACUUGGCCAGCAACAACUCUCUGUCGCCGACACUUGAGACUAUGGAGCAGAGUGCUUCGUACGUUGUCACAGGUGGAGCAGACUCUAUUGAAUUUAAAUGGACUGUUGACGAGCUUGUUGAGACGAUUGGUUACAUGAAAGUCCGUGUAUGGGUCGAGGCCGUGGGCUCAGACGAUAUGGAGCUAUCGUUUACCGUGGCCAAGCGAACUGCCAAUGGAACCGCCUACCUAAGCCACGCAGCUUCUUCAGAGUCAAGUACGCUGUACGAGUCUACAGGUCUCCUCCGAGUUUCUCAGAGGCACGUGGACGAGUCAAAGAGCGGCCUGUACGAGCCGUACUUGACUCACGACCGGGAGGAGCUGCUCUCCCCUGGUGAAAUUGUACCCGUCGAGGUUGGCCUUUGGCCUAUUGCACUGCGUCUUCACCCCGGGGAGCAGUUGGUGCUGACUAUCAGCGCGGCGAGCAUCACCCCCGCAACCGUCGACCUUGGGUUUGGAACCGCCAUUGUGCCGGUUCCUGCCGCCGGCGGCACGUUUGCACAAGGUGCUAAUGUGACGUUGAUCAACCUGGGUGGCGACGCCGAUUCGAAUCCCGCCUACGUCAAUGCUCAGCGCGUCGAGACACCAGCGUCUCGCAACAAUGGUACUCAUGUCUUCCACUUUGGCGGCUCGUAUGACAGUUACGUCUUGGUGCCGCUGGGUGCCGUAUCGUCCAGCCGCUGCUCUUCACAAUCAUGA